AUGUUUCUGGCGUCCUUUUUCGACGGAGGCCGACCCCCUCCCGAGCCUCCCUCUUCUCAGUCGGAUGCUUUUUCUUCCUCUUCUUCUUACUCUUUUUCUCCCUCUUCCUCCUCCUCUUCCUCCUCUUCUUCCCAUUCUUCUUCCUCUCCUCCUUUUUCCUCUUCUUCCUCCUCCUCUUCGUCUUCGUUGUUCUCGGGGCUCGGGUUCAGGGCUUCGUCUCAGCCGCCGUGGCGCGACCUGCAGGACGCACUUCGCCGGCAGCUGCGUCAACAGACAGGGCCGUCGACUUCUUCCGCAUUCGUCUCCACGUCGUACUCCUCGUUCUUGUCUUCCUCUUCUUCGUCUCCGCAGACGGACUUGACGCCGUCUGGCUCUCUCGCUCCGCAUACCAGCGCCCCCUGGCUGGAGCUGCAGCACGCGCUACGGCACAAGCUGCCUCAGGGCGGCGACGCUGCGUCGCCUUCGUCUCAUCCGGCCCCCUUGACGCGCUCGGGGGAGCCGUCUUUCGCGUCACCUUCGUGCUCUUCGUCUUCGCCUCCUGCGGCUUCUUCCGCUGCGGCCGCCGCUGGAGGCCCCGAGGACCAGCAUCGGCGCCCGCCGGCGGAUGCUGAGGUCGCGGCGCCUCUCUAUCCCUCGCCUGAGGACGGCUUCGGCUCUGCUGUGUCGUCCUUCGCCUCUUCGUCUUCGUUCUUCGUGGAGAGCGCUACCCCAGCGGCAGCAGGGCGCCGAGGCGCGUCCGCAAAAGAGAGAGGAAGCCCCUUAUCUGCAGCACACGCGACCGAGAGGGAAACCAAGACUCAGGGCGCAGCGCCUCCCUCGCCCGCUCCGGCCUCAGCAUCCGCGCGCGAGCGGCGGCAGCCUGAGCGCCGCGGCGACUCCGCGGCAUCUCACCCGUGCUCCGCGUCCGCAUCUGCGCCUCGUCCUGCAUUCUCACCGCCUCGUCUCUUCCCCGUUGCUGCUUCCGCGCCUCCUGCUGCCGCGCCUCCGCAGGAGCCUGGAGGGCGGAGCUUCGCAGCGGCGCUCGACAGCCUGACGGUGGAGCCUUCGGCGUCUCCCCAGCGAAGUCUCUUCGCGCCCACGAAGCUCCUCCAGCAAGUGACGGCGCGCAGUCUCCCGUCGACCUGCGAUUUGCUGCUUGGCGACGGCAGCGGGGGCGGCGCAGAGAGAGAAGCGCGAGCGCUGCGCGGAGGCGGGCGGGACGUCGCCGAGGCCGCGACACACUCGACAGGCGAGAGAACAGACUUCGCGCAGGGGCUCCAGGCGCAGAGGCAGGGGGUCGGCCCGCCCGAGGCGAGGGCGAAGGCAGCGCAGGCGGCAAGGCCAGAGAAUGCGGACGAGCGCGAAGAGGGCGCAGAGACGCAGCGGGGGAGUGGCCUUAUCGGGAACGCACCGCGCGCGGACACGGUGCUCCAUUUGCCGGCAAAAAGCGCGACGCACCUGCGUUUCUUGACCGCGAAAACACGCCUAGAACCGUGGCUUCCAUACCGCCUCUCUGCAGCGCAGCUUGCGGCUUCUGGCCUUCUGCCCGAUCCCGCGCGAUGGCGGGAGACCGCGCCGCGCCUGGCUUCUUGGCUUGCGAGCCGGCUCGCGACGCACGCCCCGAGGGGCGGAGACGAAGAGGCGCGUCUGCGAGCGUGGCUCUGUCCUGCCGCCUCCGUCGCGCACAGCGCGCCGCGUCCUCGCAGAGAAAGCGAGAGAGACUGCGUCUUCGCCGACGCAAGCACGCAGUCCGCGGCGCCGCCGACAGCUCGCCCCGGGGCCUGCAGCGGCUCAGAAGCGAAGAUGCGCGCCGAGUCGAGCGCCCUCGCAGAGCUCGCGGAGCUGCGCGAGGCUGUCCGCGAACAGACGCUGCAGCAUCUGGGGCAGGGCGCGAGAGAAAACAGACUCGAGGAGCUGCUCACGCGAGGUCGGGCGCGCGUUGACGCGUUGCUCUGCGAUGAGCGCGACAGGCUCCGCCGCCUGCUGCAGGAUCGAGAGGGCGAGGGUGCGUCCGAGGGGGGAGAAAGGGAGAAGAGUGGCGGCCUUGUGCGCGCGACAGCCGACGCACUCGCACAGGUCGCCGAUCUGGGAAUGAAACUGCGGCGUGUCCAGGUUGCGGCGCUCGACUCCAGGCAGAGGGCGGGCGACGCAGAGGAGGCGACGCGCGAAGACGCGGAUGAUGCGGAAGCAAAGCCGCAACGAACAGAGGCAGGCGCGGAAGAAGAGGCGCUUGUUGCCCAGCUCGUCAGCCGACUCGAGGACGUGGCGCUUCUGGAGAUGAAGGAGAAGUUCAUCGUCCAGCUCAUCGACCUCCUCGAGCUCACCGACGGCGCGCGCGGUCUCAUCGACCGCCUCGCCCUUCUCUCGUCUCCAGCGCCGCCUGCUUCGUCUCCUCUCGAUUCUCCGCCGUCUUCUCGUUUGUUUCUGUCUGAGGCUGGCCGUCUGCUGUUUCUCUUGACGCGGAUCGCCGAGACCUGCCAGCGGGGCGCUCUGCCGCCUUUCACUCGGCGCCACGCGCAGGAGCGGCUCGCGGCGCUCCUUCGCCUCGCAUUUUCGACUUUCGUAACUCGCGCGCGCGCCUCGCUGAAGGCCAUCGCAUGGGGCUUGACGGCCCCCCCGCAGCCUGUUGGCGGUGCGCGAUCGGGAAAGAGAUCGAGCGAGGACGCGAAUCAGAGAGCGCGAGACGGCGAAGACGCGGGGGAGAGCGGCACGCCUUUCUCCGCGCUAUUCCUGACGCUCGGGGGCCUCUUCGCUCUGCAGCAGCUUGAGCUGACUUGUCUGAAGAGCCAAGAAAAGAGAAGGACGACGAGCAGGAAGGCUGCCGCGACUGGUGACCCUUCCAGCGCACGUGGAGAGGCGGAGAACCGCGAACGGAUGAAUUUUGACAGUGCAGCCGAAACUGCAAAUGCGGUCGCCGCACACCUUGAGCGCAUGUGGCCUGUACAAGCGCUUGCAGCUCCACUCGUCACGGCCUUCAAAUUCCACUUCUGCAGAGAGGGCGGGGGGCCGCUGGCGCGACUGGAUAAGCCUGAGUGGGCGCGCGAGUUCGUGGUUCACCAACUCGAGCGCCACGAGGAUUUGCUCUACGACCCCGAGGGAGUUGCGUGGGUGGAGGGCGAAGACGGCAGACUCGCGCACAUUUUGGAGGAGGCGGAGGACGUCUCCGCCCGCGGCUCGCCGGCCGCCCGCGUCGCGGCGUUUCUGCUGUCGUUCGGGGGCGGCGCGGGGAGCCUCGCGGGCUGCGUGGAUGACGACGCGGCGUCGUCUGCGCCACCUCCUCCGCUGCCGCUCACCGCAGAGUCUCGCGACUCGAUCGAGGGCCCUAGGGAGGCGGUGAAACACCGAGAAGCACAGGGACUGAAGAUUCUCGAGGUCGCCGCGUGCUCCAUGGCUGUCCACAUGGAUCCGCUCGAAGGCCUCCAGCUCGUUCUCGCCGACGCGUUUCGACAGUUCCUCUUGGACCGCAUGCCGCUUCUCGUCUUCGCGCCGGUGGCUGCGGACUCGCCACCCGAGUCUGCGCCGCUCCCGCAGCCUGCUGCAGAGGCUGCGCCGCCCUCCCGACUCGCUUCAGCGCUGAGUGCGGCGGGCGGGCGGUCGACGGAGAGGGGGCAGGGCAGCGACGGCGGCGGCGCUGGAAAUCUCGCCGGCGCGGGGGGAGAACAAGACAUUUCUGGGACUGCCUCUUCGCAGCGAGCGCCUUCUGCGCACGUGCGAGUGGAGGUCGCGGCCCCCGACAGUGGCUCAGCCUCGCUCUUUCUUUUCCAUCUUCAACAAGCGCUCGAUCUCUCGGCGUUAUGGAAGGAGCAAGGCAGCGUCAAGGCGGCGAGCGUCGUCAUGCGCGACUUUGACCGGAACUCCCGGGUGUUCCCUCCUGGCUGCAGGCGGGCGCCUCGCCGGAGAAUCCGCCGCAAGACUGCACGAAAGCGCGCGGACGGAGGGGGGACGACUGCGGGCGAGCUCAGAGACAAAGGGCAGCGGGAACAAGAAGACAGACAACAUGGCAAGCGCGCGAAACCGUUCGAAAACGAAGGAAGAGACUCCGAAGAAGCAGGCAAGGCUCAGGCAGCCGCAGCGCCGGACGAAGCAGCUGACGUCGAGGACAGGCGCGCCGGAGGACGAGGCAGGCGACGAACGGACGCGCGAGAAGAGGCGCAGCCGCGCGGCGGGUUUUCGCUCUUGCGCGGCCUCGUCACAGCGGCCCUGUGUGAAGACGAAGAUGAAGAGGGCGAAGGAAACCUCUCAGAGGGCGAGCGUCUCUGGAAUCUCGGUCGCGACGAGCGGCGUCCCUCCAGAGGCCGGGAAGGCGCGCGCAGCCUGAGGAACGAGAGAAGGAAACACUCCGCUGGCGCCCAACGAAACCACGACGGCGCAGAAAGUGGAGCUGACUCUCUCUGUGAGGCCAGCGACGGAGACGGCAGCAGCAGCGCCGUCGAGACAGACGGCGAACGAAGCCAAGAAGCAGAGGUAGAGGAAGACGACGGAGGCGAAGAGGAGGGGGACUGGCUCGCCUUAGGGUUCUUUGACAGAGAAAAGACCUCAGAGGCGUCGCCGGGCCCGGUGGGAAUGCUUGACUUUUGGAUUACGCUCGACUCUGCAUUUCUGCUGCGGGAGGCUGACCGACUCAUCGCCGCUGGAGCCACGACGCAGCCCCACGCGCUCGCCAGCCUUCUACAGCACUCGCGCGACCUUCAGACGCACCUUUCCUAUUCCAACGAGUUGGUUGUGGCGGCGGUGGCGCUCUUCGAAGCCGCGUUGCCUCGCGUCGGCGCGCUGUCCAACGACGGGGCGAUUGAACGUUUCUACAAGGGCGUCUUCAGCGACCCGCUGCGGCGCCUGACGGAGGCCCUGAAGUCGGGCUGGAACAGCCUUGAUACCCUCGCGGCGUCGCCAGCUCUCUGCGGGAUGCUCCUGGAGUCGACGAACGCUUUGUGUCUCUACUUGAGUCCUCAAGAGUGCAUGCGAGAAGCAAAUCAAGAGAAUGCCGAGACGAAGGAGGAGCCCAGCUUUUUCCUCUUGCGCGCCUUUUUCCGCCGCUUCCUCCCCUCCGAAGUCGAGGCGUUGGACACAAUGAGAAGCCGAAUGGAGGCGUUUCUUCUCCUCGAGGUCUCUGAACACGUCGAGACGGCCGCACGCCGCGUCGCGAAGGCUCCGGCCCCCGUCGACGCUGCUCUCGAACUUCUCUCAGCGUUGACAGCUCCUCUGCAUCCGUUUCUGCAGAGGGACUUGCGCCUUCGCGCGCUCGCCCAGGUUGACCGGCGUCUCUUCACAGAGGCCAUGGCGGCUGUUCCCGCAGGAGGGCGCGACACCCGAAUUCUCCUCGGUGAAAACUGCAUGCAUGCGCGGACUGAGGCCUGCCGUUUGUUCCCUGACCUCACAUCGCAAGGAGACGAACUGCUGCCGCGCACCUACGCUGCAGCCAAGGUUCUCUUGGAUCCUUCGGCAGGCUGGCUAGACGCGAGCCAGAAGGAGCGAAUCGAAAUGCAUACGCAAGCACUUGCCUGCGCGUCGUCCGACGCGGAAACUGAGGCCCUGCGAAGGGCAGGGACGUCCGAACGCGCCGCGGAGACGGCUGUGGGCGGGGAGAGGGCGACUCGCCGCGAGCACACGAGAGGAGAGAGAGCGGAGGAAAACCUGGGGCAUAAGCUGAAAUUCUUCAUCAAUCCUCUAGCGCGCGUGCAGCAUGCGGCAGGGGCUCUUUGGCAGAUGGCGGCCGUCGACGAUGUUGCGGGAAGCGAAGGCGAAACACCCAAAGACGGCGGAGACGCAGUUGAACAGAUGCGCUCGAGAAGCGUUCAAAUUCUCGAGGAGACGCUGAACCUUCCCCGCGGCGUCCUCGCGCCGCAAGAACUUCUCCAACUUGCUAGCCUACAUGCACCAACAGCGCGGUGA